AUGAUCUUGCCCUCAGUGGAAGACAGAUUGGAAGAGGAUGUACCAGAAGCUCCCCAGGGGUCUGAAAAUGCAGACACACUUUCCGAAGCGAUCAUACAUUCCCUCCCUGAGACCGAUUCCCAUUCUACAACAGAAGGUUUCCAUGAUGUGUUCACGAAUGAGGAAUGUAGGAUGAUGCUCGAAGCAGCAGUGGAAGAGCAGGUCCUGCCUAGGGAGGAGGAUUUAGAGAGUGAGGUGGUGGUGGACCUGACGAACAUUCCUUGCGAAGAGGCAGAGGAGAGAAGCCCAGACCCUCCGAGACCCCAGCCGUCCAUUGAGAUGCCUCCACCACGACCGUCUGGGAUUCAAACUAGCCCAGACAUCGUAUUCGAGACCGUAGAUGUGCCCCAUAUCGAAACCCCGAUGGAUGAGUUCCACCUUCUCCUUGCAGUAUGGCUAGACGAUGCCCGAAUCACUCGACAGCAGUAUGCGUCUCUUGUGCAAAUCUUGCAGACGUCAAAGAUGCAGUCUAUUCAAGAGUUACCCCUGGAUAUCAACACUUUGAAGAGAAAUCUAAGAGGACAAAUGUCUCAACUCCCCGUGAUAUCCAGAAAGAUCCCCGUUAUUCCCUCCCAGCUUCCAACAUUGUCGCCGAACCAGCGCCAUCUCAACCAGCAAUACAUGAAGAAUCUCUACAUCAUUGACCCAAUUCCACUUAUCACGCGGCUCCUUCACUCCCCAAUGUUUCAGUCCCACAUGUACAAAGGUCUCGCAGAACUAGUCCCACGGGCAGGUGAAUUAUGGCAAUCAUUGUCAUGGGCAUCAUCUAUCCGGAGCACAUCCGGUGAAUUCGCUCAAUACCCAGAUCACUCGCCCAUUUUUCCUUCGGAUAUUGUCAGGUACCGGUGUAGGAGCCGAGAAUGCUGCGUAGCAGGCCGUCCUCCGUUCAUGCCUCAUCUCGGACGUGUCCGCGGAGUCUACAAGCAAGAGAAUAUCAAGGUUCUCGGGACACAGAGCAUCCGACAACCGGGUGACCUUCUACCUCCGAUUGAUAGCCAAGAUCCGCCCUUCGAAAGCUUUGAAUUGAUCCUACUUGAGGACGACGAGGUUCUCCUUACUGAAGAUGAGGUCCUCGGUCGCGAGCCCGAUGUAUUCCAUGAUCGACAGUUCAAAAUCGUUCCCGGAAUGAUAGUACGCCGACCACCAAGUUCCACUUUCACAAUUUGCCGUGUGUACAAGAAAAGUGGAAACACGGUGAGAGCCCUCCAACAGACACACGCGAUCAGAGGCGAACUAGAAAUUGCCCAAUAUGGGCGCCAACAUUUAGUUGACACCCUAUCUUCACAACGUUGUGUUUCUGUGCCAUAUCAGACCUUCAUGGAUGGUUUUGGUCUGUACCGCACUAUGUAUCGCAGCAUCAUGGGAGUCUAUAUGAUUCCUUCAUGUGUCCCUGUCGCGGAACGUGCGAAAAGAUCAAAUGUCCUUCCAAUCACCCUAGGGCCCCAUGGCUCUAAUUUCCCGGAGGUGGUCGGCAGUCUAACGCAUCUUCGUCGGCUUGAGGAAGGCGUAGAUAUCACCUGGACCGAUGGUAGGCCUAUCAGACUUGUGGCCGGUUGCAUUGCGUACAUUGGGGACAUGCCCCAGCAAAAUGACAAUGCUGGUUGUAAACGGCCUCAUGCCAAUCGAGGCUGUAGGACAUGUCUGAUAACAGAAGAGGUAAGGGAUGAUUUUCAAUUUGAUAUCGAAACAUUCGGCCGAUAUCACUUCCAAGUCCAGGAUCAACGCCGCACGGCUACAUCACAGCCACCUACUGCGCGGGCUAAAAUGUUCAAAGAGCUAGGUCUUGUCAAAGAUCCCUCGCCUUUGUUACAGAUCUGUCCAGCUCUCGACGUUGUCACCCACUUUCCGUCGGACAUAUGCCACUCUUAG